AUGUGGAUCUGCUCAAAGUUAGAGCUCGUUCAUCCUGCCGGCUACUUCAACCCGGACAAGUAUUAUGUCUUCGACAAUGAGGACCAACAAAAAGGUGGUAGCAAACAGCUCCGCUGCCUGCACAGCCAGAAUGACCUGGCCAAUGCGCAGGCCGUUGUCGAUAUCUAUAAGCACCUAGGCUGGCAUGAGCUUGCUGAUCUGUCUGUUCCUACUUUCCGCUCGUAUUUGUAUGUUCCGUUAUGA